GUUUUAGCACAGGGAUGUGUUGAAGCUUCCUGGAGGAGGUAUCAUUGACCUGUAGUGGACCAAGGUCUAAAAAUCAGAUAUGGAACUGGCUCAUAGCUUGCUGUUGAAGGAAGAUGCCUUGGCUCAAAUCACAGAGGCUAAGAAACCUGUAUUCAUCUUUGAAUGGUUGCGGUUCCUGAACAAAGUUCUUAUUGGUGCAAACAGGACAGACAUCAAAGAGAACCAGAAGAAACUUGUUGAACAACUCACGGGGCUCAUAAGCAGUUCCCCAGGACCUCCAACUCGCAAACUUCUAGCAAAGAACCUUGCCACGCUGUAUAGCAUCGGAGACACCUUCACUGUCUUUCAAACACUGGACAAGUGCAAUGAGAUGAUCAAAAGCAAGGAUGACACUGCUGCCUAUCUGCCAACCAAACUUGCUGCAGUUGCUUGUGUCGGAGCGUUCUAUGAGAAGAUGGGUAGAAUGCUGGGGAGUUCUUUUCCUGAAACGGUUAAUAAUUUGCUGAAGUCUCUGAAAAGUGCAGAGUCUCAGGGACGUAGUGAAAUCCUAAUGAGUUUGCAGAAAGUCCUAAAUGGUCUUGGAGGGGCAGCAUCUUCCAGCCACAAAGAUAUUUACAAGAAUGCUCGGUCUCUUCUGACAGACAAAUCUAUGGCUGUACGAUGUGCUGUAGCUAAGUGUCUUCUAGAGCUACAGAGUGAAGCUGUGUUUAUGUGGACAACUGAACUGGAAAAUGUUGCAACACUUUGUUUCAAGUCCUUAGAAGGCUCCAACUAUGGAGUGAGGGUUUCGGUUUCUAAGCUUCUUGGAACAGUUAUGGCCACUGCACUUUUGCCAAAACAGGCAACAGUGAUGCGUCAGAAUGUGAAGAAGGCCACACUGGAAGAGGUGUUGGAGUUAUUGGCCACAGGAUUUCUUCGAGGAGGUUCCGGUUUCCUUAAGAGUGGAGGGGAAAUGUUAAAAGGUGGAGGAUCUAUUAGUAGAGAAGUGAGAGUUGGUGUCACACAGGCAUAUGUGGUAUUUGUGACAGCUCUUGGAGGGCAAUGGCUUGAGCGUAACUUUGCCACAUUUCUGUCUCACGUCCUUGACCUGGUUUCACACCCUCGCGCCACGCAAACACAUGUGGAAGCUGUAUACUCUCGAAGAUGUGUGUCUUUUAUCUUGAGAGCCACGGUUGGCAGCCUGUUAGGGGAGAAAGCACAAAAUGCAGCAGCUAAAGAAAUUUGCCAAGCGAUCAGCAAGCAGAUGAAAUCUGUGGAAGCCGUGGUGAAUGAUGCCAAUAAUGAAAAUAAAGCUGGUGCUGGUGACGUAGCUGCGAGUCAGCAUGUUAUGGUGUGCGCCUUGCAGGAACUGGGGAGUCUGGUACAGAGUCUUAAUUCCACUGCAUCUCCUCUAAUACAGGAGCCUUCUAUAGGGCUUUUGGACACUGUGACUUCAGUCCUCCUUCACCCUAGUAUGGCUGCUAGACUUGCAGCUGCAUGGUGCUUGCGAUGUGUUGCUGUGGCACUGCCUUUUCAAUUGACCCCCCUCCUCGACAGGUGUGCAGAAAGGCUUAACAACCUGAAAAAUUCCCCUGAAGCUGUCAGCGGUUAUAGCUUUGCAAUGGCAGCUCUUCUUGGGGGUGUACACCAGUGUCCCCUGGGCAUUCCUCAUUCCAAGGGAAAGAUGGUUGUCAGCAUAGCUGAAGAUCUCUUACGAACUGCUUCACAGAACAGCAGACUGUCUUUGCCACGCACUCAGGCUGGAUGGCUUCUUCUCGGGGCACUUAUGACAUUAGGCCCUUCAGUUGUUCGCUACCAUUUACCCAAGAUGCUUCUGUUGUGGAGAAAUGUAUUUCCUCGUUCUCUAAAAGAGCUGGAGGCCGAGAAGGCACGAGGAGACUCUUUUACAUGGCAGGUUACACUUGAAGGUCGUGCUGGGGCACUAUGCGCUAUGAGGAGUUUUGUUGCUCAUUGUCCUGAGCUACUCACAGAAGAUGUGAUCAGGAAAUUGAUGACUCCAAUUGAGUGCGCCAUGACAAUGAUGUCGCAUAUAAUUUCUGUUAUAAAAGCUCACGGAGCUCACCUAAAGGCAAGUGCUGCAAUGGUCCGGUUAAGACUGUAUGACAUCUUGGCUUUGCUACCUCCUAAGACAUAUGAAGCAAACUUCAAUGUGCUGCUCCGUGAGCUAGUGGCAGAGUUUACUUUAACAGACAAUUCUUCCAACACCACCACGUCACUCUUGCGCUCCUUGUGUCACUAUGAUGACAGUGUGCUGCUUGGCUCCUGGCUGCAGGAGACUGACCAUAAAUCUAUUGAAGAUCAGCUCCAGCCCAACAGUGCUUCAGGAAGUGGAGCCCUAGAACAUGACCCGUCCUCAAUCUACCUGCGCAUCCCUGCUGGUGAAGCUGUACCUGGUCCUCUACCACUUGGAGUGUCUGUGAUUGAUGCUUCAGUGGCCCUAUUUGGAGUGGUGUUUCCUCACGUGUCAUUCAAGCACAGGUUGCAGAUGUUGGAUCAUUUCGCAGAGUGCGUCAAGCAAGCUAAAGGAGUCCGCCAACAGGCAGUACAGCUGAAUAUAUUCACAGCUGUACUUAGUGCUUUAAAGGGCCUAGCAGAAAACAAAAGCUCCAUUGGUCCCGAAGAAGUACGUAAAUCAGCAUUGACACUAGUUAUGGGUGCCCUGGACAAUCCUAACCCCAUCCUGAGAUGCGCUGCUGGAGAGGCCCUUGGUAGAAUGGCUCAAGUGGUUGGAGAAGCAACUUUUAUUGCUAGGAUGGCACAGUACAGCUUUGACAAACUUAAAUCCGCUCGGGAUGUGGUUUCAAGAACAGGUCACUCUCUAGCACUUGGCUGCCUUCAUCGCUAUGUUGGCGGUAUUGGAUCAGGCCAGCACUUAAAAACAAGCGUCAGCAUUCUCUUGGCAUUGGCUCAAGAUGGAACCUCACCUGAAGUUCAGACUUGGUCUCUUCACUCGCUUGCAUUGAUAGUUGACUCGAGUGGCCCAAUGUAUCGUGGUUAUGUUGAGCCAACACUUUCUUUAGUUCUUACUCUUCUUUUGACUGUUCCACCUUCACAUACAGAAGUUCACCAGUGCCUGGGCAGGUGCUUGGGUGCUAUCAUAACAACAGUGGGUCCAGAGCUGCAAGGUAAUGGGCCUACCAUCUCUACCAUCCGGUCCUCGUGUCUUGUGGGCUGCGCCAUUAUGCAGGAUCAUUCAGACUCUCUGGUUCAAGCUGCAGCUAUUUCCUGCCUCCAGCAACUACACAUGUUUGCACCUCGUCAUGUCAACUUGUCCAGCCUCGUCCCAUGUCUCUGUGCUCACCUGGGUAGUUCCCACUUGCUGCUGCGCCGUGCAGCUGUUGCCUGCCUUAGACAAUUGGCACAGAGAGAAGCAGCAGAAGUAUGCGAAUAUGCCAUGAGUCUUGCAAAGAAUGCUGGGGACAAGGAAAGCAGUGGCAUAAAUAUAAAUAUAACGGAUACUGGUCUGGAGGGGGUUCUUUUUGGUAUGUUGGACAGAGAGAUUGAUCGCAAACUGUGCUCUGAUAUUCAUGACACUCUGGGACAUAUGUUAUCCUCAUUGGCUGUGGAUAAAUUAUCCCACUGGUUACAGCUAUGUAAAGAUGUCUUGGCAGCCUCUAGUGAAUUGGGCAACCCAGGUCUUCUUGCAGGAGUAAAGGAUGAAGAUUCCGAGAAAAAGGAUGAAAUGGAUGAUGACAUUAUGUUCACCACCCUUGGUGAAGAUGAUAAAGCCAAGCCAUUUGUGGCCCCCCGUUGGGCCACACGUGUUUUUGCAGCAGACUGCCUAUGUCGGAUCAUCAUGCUGUGUGAGCAUGCCGAUAAAGCUCACUUUGAUUUGGCUGCAGCUCGCUCAGCAAGACUGAAAAAUCCCAAAAAUGAUUUAUUGGUUAUCCAUCUUUCUGACCUGAUUCGUAUGGCUUUUAUGGCAGCCACUGAUCACAGCAACCAGCUGCGAAUGGCUGGGCUCCAGGCCCUUGAGGAUAUCAUUAAGAAAUUUGCUUCUGUUCCUGAACCUGAGUUUCCUGGACAUGUAAUUUUGGAGCAAUACCAGGCCAAUGUUGGAGCUGCAUUAAGACCUGCCUUUUCACAAGAUACCCCUUCAGACAUCACUGCUAAGGCCUGCCAGGUGUGCAGUGCCUGGAUAGGAAGCAGGGUUGUAAGUGACCUGAAUGAUCUGCGUCGUGUGCACAACUUGUUGGUCUCAUCUCUGGACAAGGUGCAAGCAGGGAAGGGAACAUCCAGUCCACUUUACCGUGAAAGUGCUGUUACUAUGGAAAAGCUAGCUGUAUUGAAAGCCUGGGCAGAAGUGUAUGUUGUAGCCAUGACCAUUAAAAAUGAAGCUGAGAACAAUCCAAAGGAAUCCUUAAAGACAAGUGAUGAGGACGACGAGGAUUACAGCACUAAAGAUGAGCUUCCUCCAGACAGCCUGAUAACCCUAGUGGAGCCUGAACUUCCAACGCUUAGCCGGCUGUGGCUGGCAGCUCUAAAAGACUAUGCACUGCUCACCUUACCGCCUGAGUUCUCUAGUCAGCUUCCUCCAGACGGUGGUGCAUUUUAUACUCCUGAGACCAUUGAUACAGCUAGACUGCACUACCGGAACUCCUGGGCGCCUAUUCUGCAUGCUCUGGCACUCUGGCUUAAUUGUACAGGGUUUACCAACUUGGAUGUAACCGAGGAAGCCGCUUUGCCGGGUUCUCAGAAACGGAGCCCUGCCAUUGCACUGAAACAACAAGGAGGAACACCACUCAGUGCCAAGUCUCUGAUGGAACUAAAUAAGGAUAGAAUGCAUUUGCUUUUAGGCAUUAGUAUUCAGUUCUUCUGUACACCCCGACCUGAGGAGCCAAUAGAACACGUGACGGCUUGUCUACAGGCUCUUCAUAUACUGUUGGACUCUCCUUUUGCCAGAAAACAUAUUGCAGAAGACCAGAUUAUUGCAGUGGAGCUGCUAAAUGUUCUUCAUCGACUGCUCCUUACUUGGGACCCAACUACAGUACAGCUUCUUGUAACCACUGUUGUCCAGCAGAUUGUAAGAGCUGCCCAGGACAAUUUGCAGGAGCAAAGAAAUAAGCAACUUAAAGAUGACUCUAGUGAAAAAGAGACACAAAUACAUUUAGGAGAAGGGGAGGAAAGUGGCGGUCUAAUACCUGGAAAAUCUUUAGUGUUUGCUGCCUUGGAGCUCCUCCUAAUCAUCUUAGUACGACAUAUGCCGCAGUUAAGCGCCAAGAUGACAGACUCUCCAAGCCACAUGGUUUCCAAAACACAACAGCUGUCAGAAGACAGUGCACGCUUGGUGGCAUCUACUGUGGCAAUCCUUGCUGAGCUCCCGCCGCUAUGUUCACCAGCAGGAUGUAUGACCAUUUUGCCUACAAUUCUCUAUCUAAUCACAAGAGUUCUCAAAGAGACAGCCAUCAAGUCCCCAGAUAACCAAGUGCCCCUUCCCGUCAGUGCCUCCCUGCAGGGGAUUAAGACUAUUGUCACAUCUCCAUUGGCAAAAACUGAAAAAACUCAAAAGAAGUGGACUGAUCUGAUUCGUAGCACUUUAGCCUCCAUCUUGGAAUAUUCUCAGCCAGGUGACUGCAAAGAUAUGAUGGAUGAAGUGAGCAUGCUAACUGCCAUUGUACUCUUUUUAUGGUCUGCAAGUGCAGAGAUUAUUGGAGUGCAGUCAUUACAAAAUGGCUGUAUAAAUAGGUUCAAAACAGCACUUAGUUCCAGUGAUCCCUGGGUUCACGCCAAAUGUUACCAGCUAAUGUUGUCUGUUUUCCAACAUCAAAACCGAGCUCUCGCCACACCUUACAUUCAUUCAUUGGCUCCUAUAAUGGUUGAAAAACUAAAGGCAGUCGAAAAGAAAAGACCAAGCAACAGCAUUGAGCUUCUGGCUGUCCAGGAAGGUAUCAAAGUGCUGGAAACCCUUGUUGCUGUGGGGGAAGAACAAAACAGAGUUCAGCUAUUAGCACUUCUUGUUCCAACACUGAUUUCUUACCUGCUGGAUAUGAACACCAUUAGUUCUGCACCACCAGCAUCAAAGGAUCUACAUGAAUUUGCACUGCAGAACCUAAUGCGUAUUGGGCCUCUAUACCCUCACGCUUUUAAGACUGUGAUUGGUGCUGCUCCGGAACUAAAGGCAUGCCUAGAAUCUGCUAUCCGAGCCAGCCAGGCGAGCAAAGCUAAAGUCGCCUCUCGCCAGCCUGCACCUAUUAUACAAACUGCACCUACCAUCAAACUGAAAACCAGCUUUUUCUAAACAUAUUAAUGAAUAAUUGCUGCACAAUUUUAGAACUAACCUAACUUAGUCACUUUAAAUAUGUCGCUGUUCUGUUACUAUCUCUGGCUUUGUGGGGGCUUUCUGUUUUAUCACAAAGAUUUUGAAGGUUUCAAAACUAAGGAGAGGAACAAGAUGUGAAACGGUUUCCUGUAUUCACUGGAACAUACCUAUUUAUUAAAAACACACAGAGCAACAAUUAAAUCCAUAACACCUAAUAUACUCAGGCAUGAAAUUAUUUUAUUUUGCACUUUAAAGGACAUAACAGCAUCUCCAACACUUCCUAUGUCAAAGGUGCAUGUAUAUUGUAUGUGAGCACUUUAAAGUGAUUUAAACCAUUCCAGACCUUUUCAUCUGAGCAUUGUUUAGAUCAUUGCUCUGACUUCAUCCUGUUUUAGAAGUCGCUGUUGAGAUUUGUAUUUAAUCACGCACAUAGAAUGUUGACCAGUAUCUACCUAUUUCUUUGUGUAAUCUACAAAUGAUAUGGUGUUUCAGUACUUAAUAAUACAACCUCUUGCUGCUCUCAAGUAUGUUUAAAGGUCAGUAGAUGAGGAUGGAAAUUUCACCCACUGGUACAAAGCUCCACCAAUAUAUGUUAUAUAUUGCUUUGUUUUAAAGGGGAGGAGUAUUGAUGAAAACUCAUGCUGCUAAAAUUGAGGUCUUAUUCAGAACAGCCAUUCUACAAAUACUUCUUUAUAAAAAUGCAUGUUAAGAUGACUUGGUAGCGUCCCUUUUCUUUAAGCAGGAUGCUCAAAGCAUCUGUCCCCAUUUUUAAUUUUCUGUGGGUCACAGCAUUUUUAAAUAUUAACACAUUUUAAAGCCAUGUUUUCACUCCUACUUUGAUAACAAUAAUAUAGAUGUUCUUUAUUUUACAGUUUGCAUUUAGGAUGGGCCAAUUUGCAAUCUCCUGUUAUGAGAAAAUGUGUUCAUGGUUUUUUGUGUACUAUGAAUUUGUCUUAUAAAAUAUUCUUUCUAUUGUAAAUAA